AUGGUCGGGGCCAUGACAAAUCGCUCAGGAAUGGCUUUUAAAUUCUGCGCGUUUUUGCUCGUGGUGAUUCGAUUGCAAACGCGAGUAGUGUGCUCGUCAUCUGCAUCACCGCUCGCCCCAGCCUUGUACGUGUUCGGCGAUUCGCUGGUUGACAGCGGCAACAACAACCUGCUGCCCACCCUUGCAAAGGCCAAUUACCUCCCUUACGGCCACGAUUUCCCGAGAGGCACCACCGGACGGUUCACCAACGGGAGGACCGUCGUCGACUUCCUCGCUGGAUUUCUGGGGCUGCCUUAUGCUCCCCCAUUCCUGAGUUUUAGGACAUCAGGAGUGAUCACCGGCCUGAACUUUGCGUCCGGGGGAUGUGGCAUUCUCCCUGAGACAGGAAGCGUCACGGGAAAAUGUCUUAACUUGGAUGACCAAGUGAGGUUAUUCGAGAGUUAUGCCGCCAAUGAUUUACCAAGGCUCUUCAAGAGCUCCGACGAGUUCUCCGGCAAUUUGACCAAGUCCAUCUUCGCCUUCUCGAUUGGCAGCAACGACUACCUCAGCAACUACCUCAAUCCAACGCUCUACAGCACGAGCAAAACCUAUGAGCCUCAGCCGUUCGCGCAGCUCCUCGUGGCUUCUCUCUCUCGGCACCUGGAGAGAUUAUAUAACGUGGGAGCGAGAAAGUUUGUUGUCUUUGAGAUUGGCCCGAUUGGUUGCAUCCCGACUAUCGCCAAGAAACCGAACCACGACGGAGUAUGUGACGGAGGACCCAACUUGCUAGUUUCCUACUUCAAUCAGAUGCUUCAGCCGAUGCUAGAGAACAUGACAUCCAGUCUCGCGGGAUCAAUGUUCGUUCUCAGUCGAGCGAACGGGAUUGGCUAUGACGCAGUAAUCAAUCCCUCCAAAUACGGCUUGACGGACUCGACCAACCCAUGUUGCACGACGUGGUGGAACGGAACUUUGCCGUGCAUUCCGUUGCUGGCCCCGUGCCCUGAUGCCGAUAAACGCUUCUUCUGGGAUGGAUACCAUCCGACCGAUGCAGUUUCCUCGAUCAUAGCUUCUCGGUGUUUCAGCGACACAAACAUCUGUUCUCCGGUCAGCAUACAAGAUCUCGUGAAGAUAUGAACAUCUCAUUCGAUUAGUCGUAUCGAAGGCUGCUUACUAUCUUGGGUCAAUAAGAGGUCGUCUCUGGCAUAAUGUA